AUGAUGUAGAAAAAGAAACAAAUUGUAAAUCAUUAUCAACUAAUUUGACGUUCAAUAAUCAUUCAUCUGGCGAAAAUAUAUGUAAAGAAUUUAAGUUUCUUUAUAAAUCUUUUAGUACAUAUGCAGUCCAAGGUACUAAAUUAGAAGAUAUUUAUUCAAGUUCUAAUUGUAGUUUCUUGAACUUCUGGCUAAAUGAUAAAUUAAAGAAUAGUGUUGUAAAUAGAAAUGAAAUUAAUGUAAAAGAUUUUUACAACAAAAUAAAGAAUAAUAAUCCAGAUUAUUUUUCUAAAAGUAAUGAUUUGGAAAACUAUAUGAAAAAUAUAGAUCCAGAAAUUAUUGAAAAUAUGAAAUUAUUAUAUGAUUUAUAUUACAAAAAGGAUAUAAUUCAAAAUAUAUUGUUAAACCCCGUUGAGGAAGAUCCAAUAAAUGCACAAUGCUCAGCUUACACAAAGAAAUGUUAUGAAAAAUAUAAUGCAGCAAUAAAUAUGUGCUAUGGUAUUAAUGAUGAAUAUUAUAAGGCACUAGGGAACUUUCAAAAAGGUUAUAAUUCCAUAAUUGUGUAUGGGGAAGAUAAAUAUAAUUGUAGAGGGAAUACUACAUAUCUAUUACCAGAGUACACUCCUGAUUUAGAGUGCGAUCCUUAUCCAGAGUACGAUACUAAUUCAGAGUACGAUAAUUUAUUAGGAAGAGAAGAGGAAAAAAGCAUGCUAAUUCAAGGAUUGACUAGCUCCCUAAUACCCUUACUCAUAAUUCCACUGAUAUAUAAGGUUGAAAAAAAUAUAAUUUAUU